AGUGUCCGCUCGGCCUCAGCACGUCCGAGUAGGAAGGAUGGAAGUAUGGCUUCUAGAAGCUUUUUAACGCGUCCACGGGGCAAUCACAAUACUACUGCCAAUUAACCGCCGGUGAAUCUUCGCCUAACGUGCCUCUGCAAAUUCUGCCUGUGUAUUUUAUACAAAGAAACGAAUUCAAUCGAGCUUGGCGAAUUUAGAGAAUGUUCCAGUGAUCGUGUUUUGACAGCUCAUCAGUUUUAAUCGGUGAUACUGUGAUUUGCUUGUGACGGAUCAGUAUGAGCUGUUUUAAUAAUUUGUCGACGCGUCUGUUAUAUCGCAUCAGCGACUGACAGGAUGAAGAUGUUCGUGACUUCGUUCUAUCAGACUGAUCCCGGAAUAGACUGACACGUCGCGUGUUGAAGGCAUCGACGUGAAUCGAAUCUCCGACCCGUUGGAGAGAACCACCGGAGCGGACGGUGAUCGGAAAUUAACGUUCAAGAGAGCUAGGCUGUAUGAAUCCCCAGGCGACGAGAGGUGGAGGCGACGAUCGAUACGAAGAUCGGUUGGAGAACCGCGUGAAACGUUAUCAUUCGCUCGAUUCCCUUUGUAUGCUCGACCACGGUGCCGCGUAUUAAAACGUUAAUCUCUGGCUGUACUACCGGUUAUACGUACAGAUUGCCUCUCCCUCUCCCUUCUUUCUCUCUUUCUCUCUCUCUCUCUCUCUCUCUUCCCAUUCUGCACAUUCUACUGUCUCUCCCUCUUUCUCUUUUCCCUUCUCCGCUCAGCUCUCUCUGUUACUCCUUCCUCACUGCGUCUUUGUUUCUUCUCUUCCUCUUCGCUGGCUACUAACUUUCUUUCCUCUUUCCUUCCUCGCGAUGGUCGCUUUCUCUGUUGUCCCAGUCCUUUCGGCUCGUCCUUGUCGUGUCCUGGAGAAUCGUCUUCGUGUUCCAGCAGCGCGUGCCAAUCCGAAGAGCUGAAAAAAACAUGGUACACUGUCAGUCGAAUGCCAAUGCCACUUUCUUGUCUCUGUCCGUUGCGAAAUUGUUAAAAUAUUUAGCAAGUGAUAGACUUAGAGGAGCCAUCAUGUCUUUUCGCCUUUAUGGAACAUCGGUUGACGAUAACACAGAUAGAGUAAAAAUGGAGUUUCAGUUUUUGACUCUCCCAGUCUUAGGAUUCGGAGCACGACUCAAUCAGAAUGUAAGCAAGGUCACAGAGAAGAGACGAUUUACCUUACUGGACUCAGGCAGGAAUUAAUCUCGACGACGUUACUCCUAAAACAUAACAGCGAAACAAAUUUUCUCUACUAAAUGGAAUAUUACUGCUAUUUACUACUAUUUCAAUACUACUUACAUAACAAUUCAAAUGAAAUAAUUGUAUGAGCCAACUUCUUAGAAAGAAGUCAUGUCAAGUCUCGCAAGGAGACGAAAAACUUCGGUGCUAGGCUCAAAGAGAUGGUGGCAGGGUGGCUGCUGGGCCACCAGAAGCCAUCAGGAGGCGUAUCUUCGUAAACUAUACGCCAGGAAGAACGAUCAGGUUAGCAAAAUCGACGACGAAUCUAGCAGCCGACGGGAUCUACCUGGUAAUUGGACGCCUGGCACGGUCUACGAGUUACCUUCCGCCGACGAACAUUAUUUGGAUGCCUUCCUAAGGAAUCGCGAGGACGGAAACGAAGAAGAUGAUGUGGUUGAUGCUGUGGUCGAGUGUCCAGCUUUGGCUACGACGAGAGCUAGCCCCACGGAGAAGUGCGUGAAAUACCUGAACGGUGCCCAUGACGUCGUUGUGUUUGAAACCGAACGCAGGAUCACGGGGGAGCCGGUGGUAGCCGAUUGCGGCUCCCUGCAUUCGGGUUACGAUGUCGCCGCCUCUGCAGAGAAGGUGUGCAGAAGCUGCAGGUGUCCCAGAGAGGAGCAUCAGCGGACUUCGACGGAGGCGGGAGGUCCCUCGGGACUCGGCCUCGGUCCUGGUCCGCCGAUGGCCAUGGCCAUGGCUUUCCAAAGCGGGGCCGCUGGUUCUUCUCACCAAGAACCUUUCAAGAGUCCCGUGCAACCGGCUCCGCCGGGCCUCGCCCUUCAAGAAGCCCUGAUGCAUCAUCAGAGGCACUCACAGAGCGACGAUGACAGCGGAUGCGCGCUUGAGGAGUACACGUGGGUCCCGCCCGGCCUCAGGCCAGAUCAAGUACACCUGUACUUCAGCGCGCUACCGGAAGACAAGAUCCCGUACGCGGGCAGCGCCGGCGAGCGGGAGCGAGUGAAGCAGCUGCUGCAACAGCUUCCACCGCACGACAACGAGGCACGGUACUGCAGCGGCCUCACCGAGGAAGAGAAACGGGAGCUGAGGGUGUUCGCCGCGCAGCGGAAACGCGAGGCGCUCGGACGGGGACACGCGAGCCAGCUGGACAGGCCCCACGGCGCCGGAUGCCGGGAGUGUAGCAGGCCGAUCGCGGCCGGCGAGAUGGCGGUGGCUGCGAGCCGCGCCGGUCCAUCCGCCCUCUGGCAUCCGGCCUGCUUCGUCUGCUGCGUGUGCAGGCAGUUGCUCGUCGACCUGAUAUACUUCUGGAGAGACGGCAGGCUAUACUGCGGCCGGCAUCACGCGGAAACGCUCAAGCCGAGGUGCUGCGCCUGCGACGAGAUCAUACUCGCCGACGAGUGCACCGAAGCGGAGGGGAGGGCGUGGCAUAUGAGGCACUUCGCAUGCCUCGAAUGCGAUCGCCAGCUUGGUGGUCAAAGGUACGUUAUGAGGGAAGGAAGACCUUACUGUCUCCGAUGUUUCGAUGCCUCGUUCGCCGAGUACUGUGAUAGCUGUGGCGAACCAAUCGGCGUGGAUCAGGGGCAAAUGUCGCACGAGGGUCAGCACUGGCACGCGACCGAGGCUUGUUUCUGUUGCGCCACUUGCCGUACGUCCCUUCUCGGACGGCCUUUUCUUCCACGGAGAGGUGCCAUUUAUUGCAGCAUAGCCUGUAGUAAGGGGGAACCGCCUACGACACCGAGUGAUUCCUCUGCUGGACCACCACCACCACCUUCCUUCCUUAGAACUGGCCGGAGACCACCGCCGCCAAGCGAAGGUUCUUCGAGUCCACCACCACCUCCUCCACCUCCGCCGCCGCCUGGAUCUAGACACACUCUAUGCUCGCCUCGUAACUCACCACGGAUGAAUAGGAAGCAUCAUCAAACAUCUGCUUCCCUUGCCACAACACCUACGCAAAACACCUUGAACCCAGAAUUUCCUAACGAAGGAUUCCCCUCGAGCGGCUCGAGACCGAGCGGCCUUGACCGAGUGUUACUCGAGAGGAAUCUCGAGAGACUCCUUCAGGAACGCAGUUCUCACUCGGAGGAAAAUCACAACGAAUUAGGAAGACUGAUGCAGGCAAGAGACCGUGAACCGUUGAGAUGUGUUCAGAAUUGCGCUCCUACCCACGCGUCGAGUAUGCCAGAGUUACCGCCACCUCCCCGGCCGUCGUCCGGAGCGUCCGCGUCGGCGUCGACGUCCACAUCGACCGGAGUUGUCGCAGCCGCGAUGCCAGGGAUCGUGUUGGAGACGACGGCAUCGCCAACGACGUUGUCAACCCUCGUCGUUAGCCAAACGGAUCCUCCGACGCCAACGUCGCGGCGUGUGCGGUUCCAGGGCGACUUGGACGUAAACGAUCACGCUGCGACGUCGUCACGCGUCACCCUGUCGCCGAACAACGAUAGGAAUUCAUCCUCGUCGCCCUCCCCUCCCCCAGCGUCGUUGUCGAGAACAAAUGUGUCUCGAUCGAGAAGCCUGCAGCCUGAGGAAGUCGCUAGCACGUCCGCUUGGGGUAUUGCUGGAAGCUCAAAGUCAAGGAUAGACGGCGACGACGACGACGUCGAGUCUUGCUGUUCUACCUGUAGCUCCUCGAGCAGUUCCGACGAGGCCACCGCAUACGCUUUGCCGCCAAGAAGAGCGUACGGUGGCGUUCGGAUUUCGUACGUGCCCAACGACGCAGUGGCAUGCGCGAGAAAACGUACACCGACAUCCUCAACGUCGAAUCAAGCUCACAAGGACGCAGAUAAGUGCGUUGUGUCCUGAUGACAUGCUUCGAGAGUUUCAAGUUGUAUCUGCGUCUAUAUUCGAUGUACUUGGUUCGUCGAAGAAAAAAAAAGAAAUCGUUUUCUGCUUCACUGUCAGGUGACGGUGGACCGAUGAGAUUUGUAUCAGUCUCGAACCGACGAGCAACGAGCAAAAAAAUGAACGAAUGCGAGAUACAAGAGUUCCUAAAAAAAAAAAAAAACCCGGCGUAACUAAGGAUUUUUCUGCCAUGUUUCCCGCGGUCGAGACUCGAAACGAACGUAAAUUUCAAAUACUCGUGUACAUAAUGAACGUAAUAAUCGAAAUAAUCGGUCGCGAACACCGAACAGUCGCGACGAUUGCGUUUCUUUUUCUAUUUUUAUUACCCCCACCCUACCCCAUCCGAUGUACUUGAUAAUAAUAACGACGAUGAUAGCAUUAUAUUUUAUUACCAUUGUCAUUCCCGCUGCGUAAUUGACAGUUCAAACGGGCGCCGUACCCUUGUUCGAGAUUCGAUCAUCCUCACUUGAUCAACUUUUUUAGGCAAUAGUGUAUGAGGGGAUGAACUCAGCUCCAUGAAACAAAUAGUAUUUGACCGUGAUGUGAUCGCACGACAUUACAUUGUAAGUACAAAUAAAGGGCGCUCGGACCGAGAUGUAGACAAUCUGAAAAAUAUUCGGAAAAUAAAUUGAUAUUUGAUUUAUCCCUUGA